UCCCCGGACCCCGAGGAGGGCGGAUGUGUUCAUGUGUGUGUGCUAUUGUUUUGAGUUUGUUUACGAAUUGAAAUAAUCUUGGCCUUAUGGCAUGAUGUUGAUCUGUCAGUGGGGGUGACUUUAUCACUUGCAAAUACCAAUAAAUGGUGUAAAUCAGAGUAGCUGACAUUUCCAAACAUUCCAAUAGAGUAGAAUGGCUUGUGACCGCAAGACCAAGCGGUAACUACAAGCAUAAGAGGUAACUGCAAGCCCAAAGUGUGAAUAUAUGGAACCCUUGUAUUGCUACUCUAAUACAAUGGUCCCGUGCCGGAGCUGGGCAUCCUGACACGCAGGUGAAGUCUGGGGUGCCACCCUAACCUCCACUCCUGGGGGCAAAGGGCACUGGGGUGCCGCCCUAACCUCCACUCCUGGGGGCAAAGGGCACUGGGGUGCCGCCCUAUCAACACUUGAGAUGGAAACGGCGUGCAAUCUUCAGUGUUGGUGCCAUGUGCCCAUUCGCGGGCGGAAUAAGCCGCCCUGCUACUUGUGUGUGCUCCAGGACUGCUCUCUCUCCCGUAAAAUGGACAUUUCGCCCACAGCGCCGCCCUUGUCUCCUGAGCCUCAAGUGGAGUUCGUCCCAUCAUUUCCUGAGCCAAAGGAGGUGCUCGCCUCAUCAUUUAAUCCUGAGCCUUGUCAAGAGUUCGCCUCUCCGUUUCCUGAGCCACAGGAGGUUCUCAACCCAUCAUUCCCUGAGCCUCGUGAAGAGUUUAUCUCAUCGUUUCCUGAGCCACAGGAGGUUCUCAACCCAUCAUUCCCUGAGCCUCGUGAAGAGUUUAUCUCAUCGUUUCCUGAGCCACAGGAGGUGUUCUCCCCAUUAUUGACUGCUGUCGUACCUGAAGGAGCUAAGGAGGAGUCAGCCAUGUAUGGUGAAGCUUCCUACGGCUGGAGGGUCACCGCUACCACCCAGGCCUCGGCCAGCCCUCAGGCAGAGGGCGUGGAGGGCCUGAAGCAGGCCAGGCAGGUACAUGUCCCCAUGCAAACUGAGGACACCGAGAGCGCUGAUGAAGGAGCGUCUUGUACCGCCAGUCAUAAUCCCGUCCAAGAUCUACCCAUUCGUUUUCAUUUCACAAGUGGUAUUAAAAGUGAGGAAAGUUGCUCGUUGAAACACUACUCAAGAGAACAUCUGAAGGCUCUCAGGAAACACAGUCCUCCAAAAUUACAGAUAAAAAAAUAUGGAGAUUCAACUCCAAAUGAAGACAUUAAUCACGAGGAUAACGUUAAAAAUAAAACUGAGUUAUCGGAGCUCCUAAAGAGUCUUGUUUUAGGAGCUGAUGAUAAUCUUUUACAAGACUCUGCCACUAAUCUCCCGGAUAGUGACGACAGAUGGCUUAACGAGAAUCUAAACACUCGACGUAUGAGGAUAGUCCCUGACUAUCCUCCUUCACCCCCAUGGACGUACGAGGAUAGUCUGGGACCUGAGAACACUCUCCGUCUUACGAACAGAUUACUCGCAGCAUCCGAUGACGCCAUGAACAUUCGAUCCUCUCGAACAAGCAAACAUUUUACCUCGACGAUGAUGGAGAGAAAAUACAAAACUAUCAACAAAAUCCAUCGAAGAGAAUCUUUCGCAGAAGCCGCACGCAGACACCAGCAAAACACCAGGAGCCAAAAGAGACCUUUACUCUGGACACAGUCUGGGAUGUUUUAGACCACCUGCUCUUACUCUGGACACAGUCUGGGAUGUUUUAGACCACCUGCUCUUACUCUGGACACAGUCUGGGAUGUUUUAGACCACCUGCUCUUACUCUGGACACAGUCUGGGAUGUUUUAGACCACCUGCUCUUACUCUGGACACAGUCUGGGAUGUUUUAGACCACCUGCUCUUACUCUGGACACAGUCAGGGAUGUUUUAGACUACCUGCUCUUACUCCGGGAUGUUUUAGACCACCUGCUCUUACUCUGGACACAGUCUGGGAUGUUUUAGACCACCUGCUCUUACUCUGGACACAGUCUGGGAUGUUUUAGACCAACUGCUCUUACUCUGGACACAGUCUGGGAUGUUUUAGACCACCUGCUCUUACUCUGGACACAGUCUGAGAUGUUUUAGACCACCUGCUCUUACUCUGGACACAGUCUGAGAUGUUUUAGACCACCUGCUCUUACUCUGGACACAGUCAGGGAUGUUUUAGACCACCUGCUCUUACUCUGGACACAGUCUGGGAUGUUUUAGACCACCUGCUCUUACUCUGGACACAGUCUGGGAUGUUUUAGACCACCUGCUCUUACUCUGGACACAGUCUGGGAUGUUUUAGACCACCUGCUCUUACUCUGGACACAGUCUGGGAUGUUUUAGACCACCUGCUCUUACUCUGGACACAGUCUGGGAUGUUUUAGACCACCUGCUCUUACUCUGGACACAGUCUGGGAUGUUUUAGACCACCUGCUCUUACUCUGGACACAGUCUGGGAUGUUUUAGACCACCUGCUCUUACUCUGGACACAGUCUGGGAUGUUUUAGACCACCUGCUCUUACUCUGGACAGAGUCUGGGAUGUUUUAGACCACCUGCUCUUACUCUGGACACAGUCUGGGAUGUUUUAGACCACCUGCUCUUACUCUGGACACAGUCUGGGAUGUUUUAGACCACCUGCUCUUACUCUGGACACAGUCAGGGAUGUUUUAGACCACCUGCUCUUACUCUGGACACAGUCUGGGAUGUUUUAGACCACCUGCUCUUACUCUGGACAGAGUCAGGGAUGUUGUAAUCCAUCCUGCUCUCACUUUGGACAUAAUAACAUCUCUGCUCCAUCUGACCCAUUUAUCAAUACUUAUGGAGACCUUAAACUGCAACUAGAGGCAGCUUUUCUUUGAAAUAUUUCAACUAGAUUUAGUUAAAUCAUAAUAAUAUUAAUAUAUUAUUUCUUCGUCGCAACCUGUAUACCAUUAAUGUAUAUCUAACAAUAUAAUUUUAUGUUUUUAAA